AUGUACCGUAAAGAGACGACUAAACAUCACGAGCGAGAGAUCGCUAGGAAAGAAAGGGCGAAGAAAGCUAAAGAACAAUCAAAGCGGCGAAAAGAACGUAAAAAGAGCGGCAAACCAGCUGGUAUACCCCAAACCCUUGAGACCCUACGCACUCCCGAUGAAACAAUUUUGCCUAAAGAUGACGCAGAUGUUGUUAAGGAGGAGGAGAACGUAUGCGGUUUUGUCUCCUCGCUUAUUAUUAGGACGAGUUUUCAAGGAUUUACUCAAAUGAGGUGGAACCCAAGCUAUUGCUGACGCAUUCCGAUCGUGUCUCCCCUCGAACUGUUGGGUUCUGUAAGGAGUUGGCUCGCGUAAGUCCUCGUUUUUGCAGACCUAUCGCUUUGUUAAUGAGAGUUAUUCUAUUUUCUAGUUCAUGCGUCAGGAAAAGUUCGAUAUUCGCCACUCCCUAGGCUAUUAUCAGCCGCAUAUAUGCGGUUCGGUUGCAUUUUACACCGAACUCCAUUUGUUGUCCUUCGAAGAGUUUGGGCGCUACUUACGCAACAGAAUUUUUGGUGCCCAUCGUCAACAGCUCAUUUUAUGGUUGUUCCUGUCACGCUGAAGAGAGAUCUUGUGUCUUUCUGCCAUUGUUUCUGUUAUUUCCUGAAGUCAACUGUAGCCAUAUGUACGUAAAACAGACUUUUUUCAGCAAUCGUUCAUCAUAAGCCCUAUAGCUACAGCGUCAGAGUCCCACGUGUAUUGUAGAGUUCGUAGUGGUUGUGUUCCUCGUCUGCGUCUGCUAAAUAUUCCAGGAAGCGCUGCCAGCGCCACGACUUUGUAUCCUUCCAGUGUAGUGUUCAAAGUGCCGCUUCACUUCUAAUUUGUCAAAAGUCUGAGUAACACUGGAAUGCAAGCUGCUGUUCUUAGUGCUUCUACAGGUUGCCCUUCCAAGUCGAACGAGGUAGUUCCUAAAAAUAAGGUAUCGACUGACAGUUCCCUGCAUUCCAUAAAUCAUAUGUAUUGAUGCAUGUCAGCCCUCUUGGUUCCUGUUGUUAGGCCGCCUGAACCAGAUACGAAGACAUUAAAGCUCUAUCUUAAGUCUCUUUCUAGCUUAGGCGUCAAGUCGUCUUCAAAUUGGUCGCGUAUCUUGUCAUUGUGGCCUUUUACGGCCGUUCGUUCGUCGGAUGCCUUGGAAUCUCCUAUUGAUGCGUUGUCUCAUUUUACUAGCCAGAUGUUCGUCCAAAUAACCUCCAACUACCUUUCUGGAGUACACUAGACUAAGUGGGAUUGAAGCAGGUAUUCAACCCCGCUUUGCCCAACUUGCUUCGGCGAUGGCAUCAGUUCAGUAUUGGCCACCCUACUAAUUUUGUCAUCAGCUUCACUGCCAUCUUUUACCUCAGUGUCAUCUAGUCUAGCGGUUGUCUAACGACAUACUUGACGGUGUCUAUGUUGGUUUUUUUUAAAAGUGAGGGGUAGUUUUUGGAUGACUUUGCUACCGUCUGCACAGAUAAUUCUAAAAAAAAUCCGAGUGUUGUGGUUGUUGUCAGUUAAAGACCUGACAUCCUUUCCUAACAGACGUACUCUGUAUCUACUCAUGCGGGGAACAGGUUUUUCUCAAGGUGACUCAGUGCAUCUUUUUAUCCAGUUAGUUCGUCCGUUAGGACAGUUGUCCCGUUUUAUGAGUAACCGCUGUUAAUCGCAUAUCUGGCCAGGUCUUUGAAUGGUAAAGAUUCGCGAGCUCGCUUUUGUCGAUGAUAAUUAUUUUUAGUUGCCGUUCGUGGUUUUGUAAUAUUGUAUCUUAUGACUAAGUACGAAUACUGUCCAGUGUUGCUCCUAUUUUCCUAGGUUAUUCCCAACAUGACCGUCGCACCUCGCUGGCAUGCUCCCCUAAAAAAACUAAUCCCCAAGGCCAUAGAGCAUGGCUACACCGCUGUGCUCGUCCUCAAUGAGGACAUGAAGAAAAUCAACACCCUGGUCAUUAGUCACUUGCCCCACGGACCAACCGCCACCUUCCGUCUCUCCAAUGUAAUCCCUCGACGUAAAAUCCGCGGUCUGAAGCACAAGGGCAUUGAGCCGGGCGUCGUCCCUCAUCUUAUCCUCAACCGCUUCAUGACGCGUCUUGGGCGUCGUGUGGAGCGAAUUCUAGGUGCACUCUUCCCUUCAGUUUCUCGGGGACCGCCCCAACCUCACUGUCGUACCGUGGUCUUUCACAAUCAGCGUGACUUCAUCUUCUUUCGGCAUUAUCGAUACCAGCACAAGAGGGAUCGCUUCGGCCAGGAGGAGGAAAAUGAGGAAGCGGGCACCCAUGCGACAGGGCUAAACGAUCGCGUUGUCACAAACGAGGUCGGUCCUCGCUUCACCCUAAAGCUGAGGUCCAUCCAGGUGGGCACGUUUGACAGUCAGUUCGGUGACUACGAGUGGGUGCGAAAGACGGCAGUUACCGGAAAAUCGAGACGGACAUUUGUACUGUAA